CGGGCGGAGAGGUGCCGAGGGAGGCAUCGCCGUGCGAGCGGCGCCCCGUGUGCCUCCUGCGGCCCCGGCCAGCAGCCCCGGGCCGGGGCAUGGAGGCGGCGCACAGCAUCCCCGUGCUCGACGUGCUCCGCCGCUUCGGGGUCAGCGAGAGCUGCGGCCUCAGCCCCGAGCAGGUCCGCCGCAACCGGGAGAAGUACGGCCCCAAUGAGCUCCCUGCAGAAGAAGGAAAGUCCCUCUGGGAGCUGGUCCUGGAGCAGUUUGAAGACCUUCUUGUCCGCAUCCUUUUGAUGGCAGCUUUUCUGUCCUUUAUCCUGGCCUGGUUUGAGGAAGGGGAGGAGACCACGACGGCGUUUGUGGAGCCCAUUGUCAUCAUCAUGAUCCUGAUUGCCAAUGCUGUGGUGGGGGUGUGGCAGGAGAGGAAUGCAGAGAGUGCCAUCGAGGCGCUGAAGGAGUACGAGCCCGAGAUGGGGAAGGUGAUCCGCGCCGACCGCAGCGGCGUGCAGCGCAUCCGCGCCCGCGACAUCGUCCCCGGGGACAUCGUGGAGGUGGCAGUUGGGGACAAGGUGCCAGCAGACAUCAGGAUCAUCGAGAUCCGCUCCACCACCCUGCGGGUCGACCAGUCCAUCCUCACCGGGGAGUCGGUGUCGGUGAUCAAACAUGCUGACCCCAUCCCUGAUCCCCGGGCUGUCAACCAGGACAAGAAGAACAUGCUGUUCUCUGGCACCAACAUUGCAGCUGGCAAGGCCGUGGGGAUCGUCAUUGCCACGGGGGUGUACACGGAGAUCGGGAAGAUCCGCAACCAGAUGGUGGAGACGGAGCCCGAGAAGACUCCCCUGCAGCAGAAGCUGGAUGAGUUCAGCCAGCAGCUCUCCAAAGUGAUUUUCCUGGUGUGCAUCGCCGUGUGGGUCAUCAACAUCAGCCACUUCAGCGACCCCGUGCACGGCGGCUCCUGGUUCCGCGGCGCCAUCUACUACUUCAAGAUUUCGGUGGCGCUGGCGGUGGCCGCCAUCCCCGAGGGCCUCCCCGCCGUCAUCACCACCUGCCUGGCGCUGGGGACGCGCAGGAUGGCCAGGAAGAACGCCAUCGUCAGGAGCCUGCCCUCCGUGGAGACCCUGGGCUGCACCUCGGUCAUCUGCUCCGACAAGACGGGGACGCUCACCACCAACCAGAUGUCCGUGUGCAGGAUGUUCAUCAUGGAGAAGGUGGAGGGCAGCCAGUGCAGCCUGCACGAGUUCAGCAUCACCGGCUCCACCUACGCGCCCGAGGGACAGAUCCUGAAGGACGAGCAGCCGGUGCAGUGCGGGCAGUACGACGGGCUGGUGGAGCUGGCCACCAUCUGUGCCCUCUGCAAUGACUCCUCGCUGGACUACAAUGAGUCCAAAAAAGUCUAUGAGAAGGUGGGGGAAGCCACUGAAACAGCCCUGACGUGCCUGGUUGAGAAGAUGAAUGUCUUCAACACUGACCUCAGCAAGCUGUCCAAGGUGGAGAGAGCCAACGCCUGCAACUCGGUGAUCAAGCAGCUGAUGAGGAAGGAGUGCACGCUGGAGUUCUCCCGGGACCGCAAGUCCAUGUCCGUGUACUGCACCCCCAGCGGGGCUGGCAACAACUCUGCUGGCAGCAAGAUGUUUGUCAAGGGCGCCCCGGAGAGCGUCAUCGAGCGCUGCACCCACGUGCGCGUGGGCACCGCCAAGGUCCCGCUGACGGCCCCGGUGAGGGACAAGAUCCUGGGCAGGAUCCGGGACUGGGGCAUGGGCAUGGACACCCUGCGCUGCCUGGCCCUGGCCACGCAGGACGCGCCCGUGCACAGGGAGAGCAUGCAGCUGCACGACUCGGCCGCCUUCGUCCACUACGAGAACAACCUGACCUUUGUGGGCUGCGUGGGGAUGCUGGACCCUCCGCGCAAAGAGGUCACCUCGUCCAUCGAGAUGUGCCGCAAGGCCGGCAUCCGCGUCAUCAUGAUCACCGGCGACAACAAGGGCACGGCGGUGGCCAUCUGCCGCCGGAUCGGGAUCUUCUCCGAGAGCGAGGACGUGUCUGGCAGGGCCUACACGGGCCGGGAGUUCGAUGAGCUGCCCCCCGAGGCGCAGCGCCAGGCGUGCCGCGAGGCGCGAUGCUUCGCCCGCGUGGAGCCCGCGCACAAAUCCCGCAUCGUGGAGUACCUGCAGUCCUUCAACGAGAUCACGGCCAUGACAGGUGACGGUGUCAAUGACGCCCCGGCGCUGAAGAAGGCAGAGAUUGGCAUCGCCAUGGGGUCGGGCACGGCCGUGGCCAAGUCAGCUGCUGAGAUGGUGCUCUCUGACGACAACUUCUCCACCAUCGUGUCGGCCGUGGAGGAGGGCAGAGCCAUCUACAGCAACAUGAAGCAGUUCAUCCGCUAUCUCAUCUCCUCCAAUGUCGGGGAGGUUGUUUGUAUUUUCCUGACAGCCAUCCUGGGCUUGCCCGAGGCCCUCAUCCCCGUGCAGCUGCUGUGGGUGAACCUGGUGACGGACGGGCUGCCGGCCACGGCGCUGGGUUUCAACCCCCCCGACCUGGACAUCAUGGACAAGCAGCCCCGCAACCCCAAGGAGCCCCUCAUCAGUGGCUGGCUCUUCUUCCGCUACCUGGCUGUGGGAGUGUACGUGGGCCUGGCCACAGUGGGAGCAGCCACCUGGUGGUUCCUGUACGACGCCGAGGGACCGCAGGUCUCCUUCCAUCAGCUGAGGAACUUCAUGAGGUGCACUGAGGACAACCCCAUCUUUGAAGGAAUUGACUGUGAGAUCUUCGAGUCGCGAUACCCAACGACGAUGGCUCUGUCUGUGCUGGUGACCAUCGAAAUGUGCAAUGCUCUGAACAGUGUCUCUGAGAACCAGUCGCUGCUGAGGAUGCCACCCUGGCUCAACAUCUGGCUGCUGGGGGCCAUCAUCAUGUCCAUGGCUCUGCACUUCCUCAUCCUCUAUGUCAAGCCCAUGCCUCUCAUCUUCCAGGUGACCCCCCUGAGCUGGCCACAGUGGGUGGUUGUGAUGAAGAUCUCCCUGCCUGUGAUCCUGCUGGAUGAAGGCCUCAAGUACCUUUCCCGCAACCACCUGGAUGGCAUUCUCAGGACAGUAACACCCAAAUGGAGCGGGGAGCACCAGUUGAAUACCUGCAAGACUCCAGAGCAAGGGAGAAGAGGACAAGAAAUGAACGACCUGAGGGCGACUCUGAACUAGAGGAUCCCUAACUUGUCCCUGGGACUGAAGUCUUGCAUGCGUGACCAUCGCUAAAGCCAGCAGGACAUGCAUGUGUCCGACUCUCAGACAAAUGCGGGUGAAUCGUCGAAAAGAAAAAAAAUCCUGAUUUUCGUUUUGUUCUGUAGCUUUCUUUUUCCUGUACAUAUGAGUGCAAUUACUGGACAGCUGGCCUAGAGUUUGGGGAUGGAGCUGUGUGGAUCUGAGUCGUUGUAAUGUGGUUCCUUGGGAUUUUGUUUUUGCCAAAUUUGAGACCCUCUUUGCAAUUUUCACCCUGACUGAGUGAGCACGGGCAAGGUGGCCUUCAUGAGAGGUUAAGGCAGGAAUUUGGGAUUUGAGGCCACAUCCCCCAGUGGGAUGGGAUGCACAAGGCAGCUUCAGGGGCUGGGAAGGGCUUGGCAGUGAGUGAGGGCAGGGAGAGAGGAGAGGGGGCUGUGUUGUUGAGCCUUGCUGAUGUCCAUAGUGUUGCUGCUGCUGUGCUCUGCUCCAGGGCUGCAGCAGCUGGGCAUGGCUUCAGAGUGUGUCCCAACACUGAUGUGAACCUCAUGGAGGUGUGUUUAUACCUCGAGGUCAGGUGCCUAUGGUGGAAGUUGAAGUUCUCCCUGUUUAUCACGCUGUCCUGUUUGAUCCCUGCAUUGUGGAAAGCCCAGCACCUUCUCAGGCUCAUCCAGCACCAAAGCACGAUGAAGUCUUGUCUGUUCUCCAUCUGGCAUCUUGCUGGAUCCCAUCUGCACUAUAUAAGGCAGUCCUUCUCCUUGGAGGGGCAGCCAUGUAAAGAAAGCUAGGGGAUGCCCACCUUGCAUUCCUCAUGUCCACCACUCCUUCCUGGUCACACUUUCUUUCCUCAGUGAAUUUUUAACUAUUUCCCCAGCAGUAGUACAGCCUAAGUUUUUAGGAGCACAUCCAUGGCUUGAUGUGCUCUGCUCUGGAGACCAUCACUGACUUGCACAGGGCAUCCCUGCCAAGGGAUCACGAUGGCAAUGAAUGUAUGCUUGUACAUAAUGUGGUCUUUUUCCAUGAGUGGUGUUUGUUGUGGCAUCCCUUUUUGUAAGGCACCAACUUCAUCUUGCCCUCUGGGGAUUUUUUCCACAGCAGGAGUCAGACAGUCUUCAGUGAGGAUUUGUAGAUCAGGAGUGGAUUUUGGGAUCCAUUAAGUUUAUCUUUCUCCAUUGAGCUGCAUCAGCUGAGAAGCUGAUAGUGGGUGGUCUCUUCUCCAGCUCUCCAAAUUCUCCCUCCUGUUUUCCUCACCAUCCCCUAGGAUCCAUCCUGAUGAUGUUUAGUUAGCCAGAGCCUGUAUCUUUCCUUUCUCUUACAUUCCAGCAACAGCACUAGAGCCAGGGUCUGGGAUAGCAUUUGCUCCUUUGCUGUUGGGUUUCCUCUUCUACUUUUUGCCUCUUCAAAGCUUCCAGUGUUUUUCUGUAUCAUCUGGGCAAGACCAUCUCUCCUUCCAUACAGUAGGUGCCAAAUAUCAUCCCUCCUUUCUUUUCUCCAUCACCAGCAUUGAAGAUGAGCAGAGCCCCCAGACCAAUGGGAAUGUACAGAAUUGUUAUACUACUGAGCUGAUUUAUUGUACAGAAAACCUUGCAUGAAAUGUUGUUACUGUAUUUAAUAUAUAAUGUAUUCAAGAAAUUUUAAUAUGGAGCUCUUUAAAAAAGAUCUUUAUAGAUACUCUGUCGUUAGAAAAUUGUUGCUGAUUUUUUAAAAUCUUAUUAUACUUUG